AAAACCGGUAUAGCUCUUGUUAACGAUCCAAGUCAAGAGCCGGCCAUGGUUACCGAACUUUUAUAUCUUAAGGCUAAAAUGGAUGAAAUUGUUUCUGGAGCUUUUCAGGGAAAUAAUACUUUCAACUAUACGGUGAAAGAAAGUUUUGAAAUGUUCAUUAAUCAACGUCAGAAUAAACCUGCAGAACUUAUAGCAAAGUACGUAGACCAAACAUUGCGACUUGGAAACAAGAGUAUGGAUGAUACAGAUAUUGAAAGGACGUUGAAUGAAGUGUUGGUUCUGUUCAGAUAUAUUCAAGGAAAAGAUAUAUUUGAAGCCUUCUAUAAACGUGAUCUUGCUAAACGUCUUUUACUAAAUAAGAGUGCAUCAUUCGAUUAUGAGAAGAGCAUGUUAUCAAAAUUAAGGAAAGAGUGUGGUCCACAAUUCACAAGUAAGCUAGAAGGCAUGUUCAAGGACAUUGACUUAUCAAAAGAUUUCAUGCAGUCUUUCGAGAAUUCCAAAUCUGGAGAGCCAAUUAAGGAUUACAAAAUUGAUUUAUACGUUAAUGUUUUGACACAGGGAUUCUGGCCCUCAUAUCCUCCAUCACCACUCAACAUACCACCAAAUGUGGUACAAUGUCAGCAAAUUUUCAGAGAUUUUUAUCUUAGCAAACACAAUGGAAGAAGUUUGAAGUGGCAAAAUUCCUUAGGUCAUUGUAUGUUGGCGGCAGAAUUUCCAAAAGGAAAUAAAGAAUUAGUAGUAAGUUUAUCUCAAGGAGUGGUUCUACUACUAUUUAACGAUUUGCCAUACGGAGGAAGGCGAACAUACGAUGAAAUAAAAGAAAUGUCUGGAAUGGAACCCAAAGAGUUAAACCGUACUCUACAAUCUUUGGCCUGUGGUAAAGUUCGAGUUCUUGUAAAGUAUCCGAAAGGGCGUGAUAUUUUUAUUACAGAUGAAUUUUCAGUUAAUGAAGAGUUUGAGGCAAAAAUUUUCCGUAUAAAAAUCAAUACUAUACAAUUAAAAGAAACGAAGGAGGAGAAUGCGAUGACCACAGAGAGUGUUUUCAUGGAUCGUCAACACCAAAUAGACGCGGGAUUAGUUCGUAUAGCGAAAAUGCGCAAGACUCUUUCUCACAAUGAAUUGAUCACAGAGCUUUUGGGAAUAUUGAAAUUUAAACCUCCGAUGUCAGACAUUAAAAAGCGCAUUGAAUCAUUGAUAGAUCGUGAAUAUUUAGAAAGAGAUAAAACUGAUUCAACAAAAUACAAAUAUUUGGCUUGA